AUACUGGGUCGCGCUAGGGGCAGAGUGACCGGCCAGGGUGGAGAGAAGAUGUUUAACUCCUUACACGCUAAUCCCUCCUUCCCGGUCCCUCUCUCCCUUCCUUGCUCGGGGAUCCGGGACUUCCAUUCCCCGGGCCCUGACUCUCCCUAGCUGUCUCCUCCGGUCCCAUAACCCCUGUCCAUAACCCCUGUGAGUCCCUUGCCGGACUUCAGGUCCCUCCAGCCGCGAGCAGCUGAGGGUUAAGGGGGCGGGGCCGCUGCAUUUUUGGACAGUGAGCGCAUCCUAGUGGCUGCCAAGAGGGGCGCCCGACAGAAACCUCACGAAGCCCCUGGGCAGGGACAACAGGUGUUUUGGAGAUUAGGGAUCCCAGUCCUGUUCGUGGGACUUCCCCUAAAGCAGCAGACUCGCCAGGGUGCGAGGUGGAGGGGGUUCGCCAAAAGGAGGAGGUCUAGAAUGGGUGGAGCUAGUGGGAGGGCCGCCCGGAGAUGGCAAGAAGACCUGGGCGUUCUUAACCACCACCCAUGCCCUUCUCUGCAUGUUUCUUUCUCUGCUUCCCCCCUUUCUGUCUCUUCUCCCAGACAGGUGAAGUAAAAAGAGAAAACUAAGCAAUCAGUGCUGCCAGAGGAGGCGUUUGUGUGGAUGGGAUGGGGACGCCGGGGGAGGGGCUGGGCCGCUGCUCCCAUGCCCUGAUCCGGGGGGUCCCGGAGAGCCUCGGGUCGGGGGAGGGUUCAGGGGCUGGUCUCCCGGCGCUGGACCUGGCCAAAGCUCAGAGGGAGCACGGAGUGCUGGGGGGUAAACUGAGACAGCGACUGGGACUACAGCUGCUAGAACUGUCUCCUGAGGAGUCGCUGCCGCUGGGACCGCUGCUUGGUGACACGGCCGUGAUCCAAGGGGACACAGCUUUAAUCACGAGGCCCUGGAGCCCCGCCCGCAGGCCAGAGGUCGAUGGAGUCCGCAAAGCCCUGCAGGACCUGGGACUCCGAAUUGUGGAGAUGGGGGACGAGAACGCGACACUGGAUGGCACCGAUGUUCUCUUCACCGGCCGGGAAUUUUUCGUAGGUCUCUCCAAAUGGACCAAUCACCGAGGAGCUGAGAUCGUGGCGGACACGUUCCGGGACUUCGCCGUCUCCACAGUGCCGGUCUCGGGUUUUUCCCACCUGCGCGGCCUCUGUGGCAUGGGGGGACCCCGCACUGUAGUGGCUGGCAGCAGCGACUCUGCCCAAAAGGCUGUCAGGGCAAUGGCAGUGCUGACUGAUCACCCCUAUGCCUCCCUGACCCUCCCAGACGAUGCAGCUGCUGACUGUCUCUUUCUGCGUCCUGGGUUACCUGGUGCAUCCCCUUUCCUCCUGCACCGUGGAGGUGGGGACCUGCCCAACAGCCAGGAGGCACUACAGAAGCUCACAGAUGUCACCCUGGUACCUGUGUCCUGCUCAGAACUGGAGAAGGCAGGCGCUGGGCUCAGCUCCCUCUGCCUGGUGCUCAGCACACGCCCCCACAGCUGAGGCCUGGCCCUGGGUCCUGGCUGGCUAGGGGUAGGGCAGCGGAGGGAAUAGAAGGAGAGGAGGGUUAGGUACAGGAUGGUGAGUAGGUAGUAGUGGGGAGAGGCCUCAAGAUGGGGGGAGGGCAUAGUGCGGGAAAAAAGAUAGGGACCACUGGGUGAGCGCUCUCCCCCAGAACCAAUAAAACAGAACUGACCUUUUAGAC